AUGUCAACAAAAAAUUCUACACAUAAAACUCCUUGGCGAUAUCGUCGUUUUUGGCGUUUAUUUCGACGUGAAAAACCAUCAGUCAUUGAUAUAACUUAUUCAUAUCAAUAUAUGAUGCGUUUUCCACGAUUGCCUAUUACAGUCCCACCACUUGUGCCGACAUUAAUGUCUUAUCGAUGGUAUGUUUCUUUAUUUUAUAUCUCUUCUCGUGGAAUGUUUGUAUUCGGGCGUUUCGUACUAAACUAUCGUAGUUAUUGUUGA